GUUUGUUUAAAAAGACUAAUCUCUGUUAGUUAUUUUUCAGAUGCUAAAAACACAAAUUAACAAUGGUCAGUUUUAUAAUACGGAAUUCAGAAUAAAGACGUGGCGUUCAAAUAUCAAUCGUGUUCACGCCUUCCAUCAAGGAGACCCACGUUCGAAUCCCCGCCACUCGCAGUACAGAAAAUAAUCUUUUUCAAGACUUCCCUGAAGACAGAUUAGCAGCCGAAAAAUCUGGUAAACUCUUUGAGAGUACAUGCACGUACUCUUGGUUGUAAGUCACCAUGGAAAUUUUUUGGGAAGCCUUCACACAGUUAAGAUACAUUUUUUACCUUGUAACUCCAAAGGAAACCAGUUUUAAGAAAAUUGAAGAUGUUCCUGAUUAUGCAAUGACGGCUUUGCCUAUGAUGGUGGUCCUAAUGCUAAUUGAACAGAUAAUUCUUUUAUACAAAGGUCACAAAUUCGCCCGUGUGAACGACACCAUUUUAUCCAUUACCACUGGAAUGCUUUUACAACUUUCCAGAAUCCCAUGUCGCAGUGUAGAGCUUGUGAUAUACUGCUGGAUAUACAAGAAUUUCAGAUUAUUGACGUUACCAUGGGACAGUGUUUGGACAUGGCUGGCAGCCUUUUUGAUAGCUGACUUUUGUUAUUGGUUGACACACCGACUAUCACAUGAGGUGAAUAUUUUUUGGAUGUUUCACCAAAUUCAUCACACAUCUGAGGAGUUGAAUACCACCACUUCUCUUCGUAUCAGCUUCCUUCUUCCCUUCUUAGCUUGGUUUGGCUAUAUACCCAUGGCAAUAUUCAUACCACCUUCCCAGUUUUUCGCACAUUAUCAGUUGAACCUUCUUUACCAGUUUUGGAUUCACACAGAGGCAAUAGGGAAGCUUGGACCUUUGGAAUACAUCUUAAAUACACCCAGUCACCAUCGAGUUCAUCACGGGAGAAACCGUCGGUGUAUUGACAAAAACUAUGCAGGAGUGUUGAUCAUCUGGGAUCGUUUGUUUGGCACAUUUGAGGCUGAAGGAAAAGAAAAAAUCUAUUACGGACUUGUUCACCCUGUCAAGGCAAUGAAUGUCUUGUGGUUGAAUUUUCUUCAACUUAUACACAUAUGGAACAUAUUUCACAAGAUGAAAGGAUUUUCUGACAAGUUUUCAGUGAUUUUUAAAGGCCCCGGAUGGUCCUCAGGAUCACUCCGACUGGGUCAUUUGGAAGAUAUACCAGAGCCUGAUCCAAAUGAUCCAAAGUAUGAUCCUCCAUUACCAUUCUGGUGCAACUUAUAUGUAGUUUGCCAUUUUGCAAUACUUCUUUUGGGAUUUGGGAACCUAACUGUCAGACAUAUGGAGUUUUCUCCGUUCAUUUUAACUUGCGACAUUGCCUACUUGGUUUAUGGUUUGACCGUCAUGACCAUACUUUUAGAAAUCAGUCCACGGGCUCCACUACUGGAAUCAAUUCGUUGCAUGAUCUACUUAACCAUGGACUUCUAUAUGUUGCCUGCGACUCUGUCUGCUCAUCACCCAGAGUUUCACUGGAUACUGGUCUACACAUCGCGUAUCUUUCAUAUUCUGUCAUUGAUGUUUUGGGGGCUGGUAUGCUGUAUGGAUCCGGAACAUUUCAUCAAGAAAAUAUGAAACACGAACAAAUUUUAUGUAAUCAGUAGAUACAAAUGAUUUACAUAAGCUCUGUUUUGACGAAUAUUUAUCAUUGUGAAUUAAGUUUGAAUUGAAUUAUACAUUGUUGAACUAGGUGUCCCAGAACUAACAACGUGAUCUGUCUUGGUUUAUUGUAACUGUCUGUGAGUGAAAUUAAGAUGGCUUAGUGAACAUUAGAGAGUAAACACAUUCAGUAACCAGUGAAGUUUUUGUAAUAUUAUUAUUUCUUCUGAAUUUUGUUU